CGGCGGGGGCAGAGCGGCGGCAUGUUGCAGCCGCGGCGGCCGCUCCUCGGCCUCCUCGCCCGGGCCUCGCGCCUGGGCCUCCGCCCGCCGGCCUCGGGCCUUCCGCCGCCUCCUCCCCGCCCUCCUCCUCCUCCUCCUCCUCCUCCUCCCGCCGGGGGCCAGGCGGGGCGGCGCGGCCUGCUGGGCCUGCUGGGCCUGCUGCAGUGCGGCUCCGGCGGCGGACAGCGGGCGAAGAGGCCGCGGCGGGGCCGGCAGCGGGGGAGCGGGGGGGCUGAGGAGAGGGGAGGGGGGCGGCGGGCAGGAGGAGGAGGAGGAGGAGGAGGAGGGCCCGGGGGGGGGCGGGGGCUGGCCCGGGGCCGCCCCGCCCUCGCCGCCGCCCGCCUCAUGGCCGCCCUGGCCGGGGUCUUCGUGUGGGACGGGCAGCGCAUCGAGGAGGAGGAGCUGCAGCGCUCGGCGCAGGAGAUGAAGCACAUGGAGAACAUCUCGGCCAUGCUUCGCGGCGGCUCCCCGGACGAGUACCAGCGGCCGGACCCCGCGUCGGAGCGGGACGCGGUGCGCGCCCCCGGGGAGCAGCCCUGGGAGAUGAUCAUGGACAAGAAGCACUUCAAGCUCUGGCGGCGCCCCAUCGAGGGCACCCACCUGUACCAGUACCGAGUGUUUGGGACGUACACAGACGUGACUCCCAGGCAGUUCUUCAACGUCCAGCUGGACACCGAGUACAGGAAGAAGUGGGACUCGCUGGUCAUCAAGCUGGAUGUCAUCGAGAGAGACCUGGCCACGGGCUCCGAAGUGAUUCACUGGGUGACCCACUUCCCGUACCCAAUGUAUUCACGAGACUACGUCUACGUUCGCCGCUACAGCGUGGACAAGGAGAACAACCUGAUGGUUCUGGUGUCGCGGGCUGUGGAGCACCCGAGCGUCCCGGAGGACCCGGAGUACGUUCGGGUGAGGACCUACGAGUCCCAGAUGGUUAUCCGUCCGCACAAAACCUUUGACGAGAACGGUUUCGACUACUUGCUGACGUACAGCGACAACCCGCAGACGGUGUUCCCGCGGUACUGCGUCAGCUGGAUGGUCUCGAGCGGUAUGCCCGACUUCCUGGAGAAGCUGCACACGGCGGCCCUGAAGGCCAAGAAGAUGGAGAUCGAGGUGCGGGACUAUAUGGCUGCCAAGCCCCUCGAGAGCGGCGGCGAGGGCAAGGCCGGCGUGCCCGCGGCCGAGCACAAGAGCGAGGGCAGCUGCAGCCCUGCCCAGCUGGAGUACGCCUAGGGCGGCCGCGGGCGCCUCAGCUCCGAUUUUUUCCCCCUCCCCACAAGCUCAGCGGCCCCUCCGCGGGCGGCCUGAGGCCGGGGAAGGGGGUGCUGGCCCCCCCCCGGCGUCCCUCCGUGGCCAGGCCGCUGCAGUGUCGUGUCGUGUAACCGCCCCCACCCCCCGUACCCGUCGGUACCCCCGCCCCACAAAGGGAGCCCCACCUUUAUUUGGGGCCGGCAGCGGCGCCCCGUCCUGCCCCCGUCCCUCCUCAUCUCUGCACUCCGGCACCCAAAAAUUUCGGGGUCUCGCCAGACAUCGCGGCCCUGCGCUGCCAGACUUUACCUAACGCCCGAUUUGGGGCCCCCGAGGGAUCAGCACCACCUCACCGCCUCGUUGCCGGUUCAUUUCCACCGAAAGACCUCUCGCCACGGGCAUCCUGGACUGGGCAAACUGGGCAAACUGGGGAAACGACUUCCCGAGCUGGUUUUUAGCUGCUGCUGCUUUGUAGGGGAGGGCAGAGCUCGGGGUAACCGGGGGGGAACCUUUCUGCCAGCGCCAACCGGGGCGCCGCAGCCCCGCUCCCCAGCAUCCCUGCGGCAUGGGGGGGGGACCCCAAAACCGCGACCCCCCCGUGGUGUCACCGGGGUUAUCUGGCUGGGGGGGCGCGGCGUGGGGGGCGCUGGGGGCAGGGGGCUCUGUAGGAUGGCAGAAAAUCACAAAUAAACGGUCUGUGGUAGCAGCA